AUGGCUGAGGGUGCGGCGGGCAGAGAGGGUCCAGCGCCGCCCGACGCCGCAGGGAGCGAAGACGACCCCCGGGUGGGCCCUGACGCCGUCUCUAGAGACGGCUUGGCAGUGGGCGUUGCAGGCCGGACGAGAGACCUUCGUGGCGGGGUCGCGCUGCCGGGCGCCGCCGGAGCCCCAGCCGACGGCGAGGCCAGCCUCCUGGAGGCGGUGCGGGCUACCCCCCGGCGCAGUAGCAUCAUUAAGGAUCCUGCAAACCAAAAAUGUGGUGGAAGAAAGAAAACUGUGUCUUUCAGCAGCAUGCCAUCGGAAAAGAAGAUCAGCAGUGCAAGUGACUGCAUCAGUUUCAUGCAAGCUGGCUGCGAGCUGAAGAAAGUCCGGCCAAAUUCUCGCAUUUACAACCGAUUUUUCACUCUAGACACAGACCUCCAAGCUCUUCGCUGGGAACCUUCCAAGAAAGACCUUGAGAAAGCUAAGCUUGAUAUUGCUGCCAUAAAAGAGAUCAGACUGGGAAGGAACACCGAAACGUUCAGAAACAACGGCCUUGCUGAUCAGAUUUGUGAGGACUGUGCCUUUUCCAUACUUCACGGGGAAAACUACGAGUCUCUGGACUUAGUUGCCAAUUCAGCUGAUGUAGCAAACAUCUGGGUGUCAGGAUUACGCUACCUGGUUUCUCGAAGUAAGCAGCCUCUUGAUUUUAUGGAGGACAACCAGAACACACCAAGGCUCAUGUGGUUGAAAACAGUGUUUGAGGCAGCAGAUAUUGAUGGCAAUGGGAUUAUGCUGGAAGACACCUCUGUAGAGUUAAUAAAACAACUCAACCCUACCCUGAAGGAAUCCAAGAUCAGGUUAAAGUUUAAAGAAAUCCAGAAGAGCAAGGAGAAACUAACUACCCGAGUGACAGAAGAGGAAUUUUGUGAAGCAUUCUGUGAACUUUGCACCAGGCCGGAAGUGUAUUUCUUACUUGUACAGAUAUCUAAAAACAAAGAAUAUUUGGAUGCCAAUGAUCUCAUGCUCUUUUUGGAAGCUGAGCAAGGAGUCACCCACAUCACUGAAGAUAUGUGCUUAGACAUUAUUCGUAGAUAUGAACUUUCUGAAGAAGGGCGUCAAAAAGGAUUUCUUGCCAUUGAUGGUUUCACUCAGUAUUUGUUGUCACCAGAAUGUGACAUUUUUGAUCCUGAGCAAAAAAAAGUUGCCCAGGAUAUGACUCAGCCAUUAUCUCACUACUAUAUCAAUGCCUCUCACAAUACCUAUCUAAUUGAAGACCAGUUCAGGGGACCAGCAGAUAUUAAUGGGUAUGUCAGAGCUUUGAAAAUGGGCUGUCGAAGCAUUGAACUAGAUGUAAGUGAUGGUCCAGACAAUGAACCGAUCCUCUGUAAUAGAAAUAACAUGGCAACACAUAUUUCCUUUCAAGGUGUCAUAGAGGUGAUAAAUAAAUUUGCCUUUGUUGCUUCUGAAUACCCACUCAUUCUCUGCUUGCGGAAUCACUGUUCCUUACUGCAGCAGAAGGUAAUGGUUCAACAAAUGAAAAAGAUCUUUGGCAAUAAACUCUACACAGAAGCACCUUUGCCUUCUGAUUCCUACCUCCCUUCACCAGAAAAAUUAAAAAGAAAGAUCAUUGUGAAAGGAAAGAAACUGCCUUCUGGUUCAGAUAUUUUAGAGGGGGAAGUAACAGAUGAAGAUGAGGAAGCUGAAAUGUCUCGAAGGAUGUCAGUGGACCACGAUGGUGAGCAGAAACAAAUAUGGCUCUGCAGGGAGCUCUCUGAUUUGGUGUCUAUUUGUAAAUCUGUUCAGUACAGGGAUUUUGAACUGUCUAUGAAAAGCCAAAACUAUUGGGAAAUUUGCUCCUUUAGUGAAACAGAGGCCAGCCGGAUUGCAAAUGAAUACCCAGAGGAUUUUGUAAAUUAUAAUAAGAAGUUCUUGUCAAGAAUAUAUCCAAGUGCCAUGAGAAUUGAUUCCAGUAACUUGAAUCCACAGGACUUUUGGAAUUGUGGCUGUCAGAUUGUGGGAAUGAAUUUUCAGACUCCAGGUCCAAUGAUGGACCUUCACACAGGCUGGUUUCUUCAAAAUGGAGGAUGUGGUUAUGUUCUAAGGCCUUCUAUCAUGAGAGAUGAAGUUUCCUACUUCAGUGCAAAUACAAAGGGCAUUGUACCUGGGGUUUCCCCUCUAGCUCUUCAUAUCAAGAUCAUCAGUGGUCAGAAUUUCCCGAAGCCCAAGGGAGCUUGUGCCAAAGGGGAUGUCAUAGAUCCCUAUGUCUGUAUAGAGAUUCAUGGAAUUCCUGCAGACUGCUCAGAACAAAGAACUAAAACUGUACAGCAGAACAGUGAUAAUCCUAUUUUUGAUGAAACUUUUGAGUUUCAAAUUAACUUACCCGAGUUGGCCAUGAUCCGUUUUGUUGUUCUAGACGAUGACUAUAUUGGGGAUGAGUUUAUAGGACAAUAUACGAUACCGUUUGAAUGUCUGCAGCCUGGAUAUCGACAUGUUCCUCUGCGUUCUUUUGUGAGUGACAUCAUGGAGCACGUAACUCUUUUUGUACACAUAGCAAUAACUAAUCGAAGUGGAGGAGGGAAGGCACAGAAGCGCAGCCUUUCUGUGAGAAUGGGGAAGAAAGUUCGGGAAUAUACCAUGCUCAGGAAUGUUGGUCUUAAAACCAUAGAUGACAUCUUUAAAAUAGCAGUUCAUCCCUUACGAGAAGCCAUAGAUAUGAGAGAAAACAUGCAGAAUGCAAUAGUGUCCGUUAAGGAACUGUGUGGACUCCCUCCAAUUGCCAGUCUGAAGCAGUGCCUGUUGACUCUGUCGUCUCGACUCAUCACCAGUGACAAUACUCCCUCAGUCUCUCUUGUGAUGAAAGACAAUUUUCCAUAUUUGGAGCCUCUGGGGGUGAUUCCAGAUGUGCAGAAAAAGAUGCUAGCUGCUUAUGAUCUGAUGAUUCAAGAAAACCGGCUUCUCAUAGAAAUGGCAGACACAAUCCAUGAAAAGAUUGUACAGUGUCAGAAAGCAGGGAUGGAAUUCCAUGAAGAACUUCAUAAUCUGGGGGCAAAAGAAGGCUUGAAAGGAAGAAAACUCAACAAGGCAACUGAGAGUUUUGCCUGGAACAUUACAGUGUUGAAGGGCCAAGGAGAUCUGUUGAAGAAUGCCAAAAAUGAAGCUAUAGAAAACAUGAAGCAGAUCCAGCUGGCGUGCUUGUCCUGUGGACUGAGUAAAGCCCCCAGCAGCGGUGCUGAUGCCAAGAGCAAGCGCAGCCUGGAAGCCAUAGAAGAGAAGGAAAGUGGUGAAGAGAAAGGGAAGCUGUGA